UUAAAAAUUCAUUAUCACACACACAUAUACCCAAAAUUUUCUUCUCCUCUUUUCUCUCUCUCUCUGUCUCAAAGUUAGUAGUAUCUUUUCGCUUUGUGUCUUCUACCUUUUCUUUUGGUUGAUUCUCUGUGUGUUUCGUCAGUGCUAAGUCUGGAACCAGGAGAUGGUGACGGCAGAUGACUGGACCAAGUCAGCGAUGAGAGAUGGAGAAGUGGUGGCUGAGCUUCUGGUUAGGCUCAAGAAAGCCAAAGUGAGACCUGUUCUGUUCUCGUGUCCGACGCUCCAGUGGGGAAACCGGCAGCGACGGUCGAGAAAAGAAGCUGAUUCAGCUAGAUGUAGCCCGAGUACACCGCUCUCUUGGAGCACUUCUUCUUCUCCAUCUGCUCACCUCGACGGUUACGAGGCCACCGAUGGCACUGGCUCAUUAUUUCCCGUCGGAUCUAGAUCCAAGGUUCUUGUAACCGCAGACUUGGAUUUUGGUGUCAAAAGAUUGCAGAGCAAAAAGGACACUGAAUUGAUCAGAUCAGCAUUCAGGGAACGAGGAGACAUGAAGAACAAGAACUUUAAGAGAAUGAAGCUGAACGCACAAAUUUGUAGUUCUCUCUCGGGUUGUAAUUUGGCACAAAAUGAAGAUGGCAAUUUCCUGCUACCUGACUUGAAUUUAGUGCCGUGUGAGGAAGCAACAGUAUGAUAUAAGGAUUGUAAAGUGAAGGAACUCACUUAAAGUGAUCAGAGUGGAGUGAUUUGAUCAUCUUUGGCUCAGCUUCUGAAAAGAGUCUGCAUUGCAGGAACUCAAGGAAAAAAAAAAUGUGUAUAAAUUCCUCAAGGAAUUUUCGUCCAUAUAUAAGAUAAAUAUCAUAAGCAGAUGUGUAGGAUAAAGAAAACAAAUAUUUGUUGGUUUCUUUGUAGUGUCAUUUUGUAAUGUUUGUCUACAUUAGCACAAGGAGUCAUUUUGUAAUGUUA